GACGCUGCUGAAGCUCCUGCCCCCGCAGAGUGCACGGGUAGUGGUAUUCGAGUGGGGCCGUGGACCUGGCGGACGGACAGCACGACGUCGCGUGCAGGCGGAGGGUGAGGACAUCUCGUUCGACCAUGCCGCGCCGUUCUUUACUGCACGGACCGGCCGCUUCCGUGAUGGAGCUUUAAAAGAGUGGAUGCAAGCUGGCGUGGCUGCGCUAUGGCCUGACGCAGCAGCGGCGGGGCCAUCAGAGCCCCGAUACGUUGGCCAACCAUUCAGCAACUCGAUUGCUCGUUGGAUAGUGACGACACUGGAGGAAGAUGGCCAGAACGCCAUGAGAUUUGGGGAGCAUGUCAACAAUGCGUCAUUCUCACCCGAGGAGGGGGACACCGGAAAGUGGGUCAUCCGCUCCACCAACCGAGGUUCGCAGGCUUCGAGUUCAACAGCGGUCGAUGUGUUGGUACUUUCCGACAAGCUGCUAAUUCAGCCCAACAAAUACAGUGUGCUGUCAGAGCUGGAUUUGGCUCAUGCAGGUGGAAGAUUACAACUACCCAGCGCAAGUGAGUUGGGGUCCACAGAGGCUGUGGUUCUUCUUCUAGCAUUUCCAGAACCACUCGCAGGGUUGCAAGACCUUUCAGUUUUGGACGUGCUGGCGCAGGUGGAUAGGCAAAGUCCUUUGAGACUGCUGGUUCACGAGAGCAUGAAGCCAGGGCGCCAGCGGUCCUCUGCAGAAGCAAGGCUCAAUGACCUGUGGGUCGCCCACUCCACUGUAGAGUAUGCAAAAAUGAAUCUGGAUGGUGAGAUGCUGAAGGACGAAGCCAAGGUGAAGCAGGAGCUACUUUCGGAGUUUUAUCGAAUUAUUGGACGUCUGCUCAAGGACACGUCCACGCAAUCGGAUGCGUGCUUCCCACCAGCGGCUUUCAGCUCUGUGUUUGCAUGGGAUCAUGCGCAGCCAAGCAAACAGCUCCCGGAUUCGUUCCGCUUCGACCCAACCCGGCUGGCUGGAAUUUGUGGCGACUUCUUCGCCACGGAGGAUGCCAGCGGCGUGGAAGCUGCAGUCCUAAGCGGAGAGGCAUUGGGUGAGGCGAUGGCUGCAGCGGUGCUGCGCCACGAUGAAUUUUCAGGAUGA